AUUUAUUUAUUUAUUUUAUUUAUUUAUACUAUAUAUUUCUUCCUUUUUUUACAUUCGUAAUUACUCUUCUUAUAAAGUUAUCUUAAAAAAAAACUGAUCCGAAAAAAAAAAUACCAAAAAAAUGGAUUAUUAUUGUUUAAUACAAGUACGACUUGAAGGUCGUGACAUACCAGUUGACGUUGGUUAUUCACAAGGAACUUCUGUUCAAGCUGUGCUUGAAAGGGCAUGUAAAACUUUGAAUAUUUAUGAUUCUUGGAAUCACGCUUUAUAUAGUGAAUUAUUUAAAACUUGGUUAUGUGAAUCACAUUUAUUAUCAUCAUAUCCAGCUGAAGAUACUUUAAUAGUUCGAAAAAAGACACCUGAAUAUCUUGAACUUGUAUAUAAUGAAGAAAAUCCAAAAAAGCGUAAAGUAUCAUUAUCAACAAAUAAUACCGUACAAACAAAACGAAGAGGAGUUUUUAGUACUACUAAAACAUCUUUGAAAACGCGUUUUCAUCCUGAAACAGUUUAUUUAACUGCUAUAUUAUUUUCAAGUGAUAAUAAAAUAUUAAUUACAUCAGGUACUAAAAUGUUUCCUACUGUAGAUGUAAUAAAAGAUAGUAAAAUAUUUACCAAUUUUGAAGAUGAUAGUGAAGAAUUUGCUCAUGUUAUAAGAACUUCUUUGGAUUGGGCUACUUCAUCUGAAUUUGAUCAUAAAGAUGAUGAUUCGGAUUCUUUACAUUCUUCUCAUUCAAAUAAUACUGGUACUACUGAUUCUUCUUCUGAUAAUAAUAAUUCUUCUCAAUAUUAUGGUGAUCAAGAUACUUUAUGGACUCGUUCUUUUGGUCAAGCUGCUUUAAAAUUAAAGAAUGAAUUAUCUUUAGAAUCUUUAGGAACUUUAUAUGAACAUGUCGUACAAAUGAAUACUUCAAAAUCAAAAUUUAUUGUAGCCCUUCAACAUGUACCAAAUUGUAUUAAAGAUGAAAUAGCUCCUGAUCUCAUAAAAUCUGGUGUAUUAAAAUGGAAAAAUUUUGAUGAAACUAGUUCUAUUUAUCAAAAAGAUCCUCAUCCUGUUUGGUCUAAUUUUAUUGAAAAAUGGUGUUCUCGUCAAACAAAAUUAUCUCCUGGACUUUAUUUAGGUGUUUUAUAUACUGAAAGUACUUUACAAGGUAUUAAAAUUUUAGUACCAAAAGAUCGUAAACAAUUCAUUCCUUUAGGUAAAGUAAGGGAUGAAGCUACUAUUACUCCUGAAGAAGCAAGUUGGAUUAAAUCUUUAACUUGUUUAAGUCAAGAUUGUUUCAUGGAUUUAGCUAUGGCUACUAGAUCUGAUCAAGAUAAUAAUAAAUCAUCUUUAGGACAAUUUCAAUCUUCUUUUUUAGAUUGUUAUCAUAAAUUACAACUUGAUACUAAUUUAAAUUGGGAAUCUGGUGAUAUUUAUGGUGAUCAAACUGUUGAUAUUUAUUUAGAUUUACAAACUAAUCAAAUGUAUACUAUGAUGGGUGAAUUAGAUGAUAAUAUAAUUGAUCAAUAUAAUGGUAAUUCUUCAUCAUCUCAAAAUGAUUUAUAUUUAGAUCCAAAUAUUAUUAAUAAUAAUAAUAAUAAUAACAUUUAUAAUAAUAAUAAUCACAAUAAUAAUAAAUUUAAAAACUUUUAUAAAAGUACUAGUAAUAAUAAUAGUAAUAAUAAGUUAGAACAACAACAACAACAACAGCAACAACAUCAAAAUCAUGAUAAUGAUGAUGAUGAGAAAAAAGAACAAAAAGAAGAUUCUCAAAUAGAAAAAGAAUUAGAAUUUGAGAAACGAAAACAGCAACAACGGGAACAAGUUUCAAAAGAUUCAUUUCGAAAUUCUAUCAAAUAUAAUGAGGAGGAUCAAGAAGUAAAUUAUGUUAUUGAUGCUGAUGAUAAUGGUAAUAAUGAUAAUGAUGAUAAUAUAGAAAUUAUAGUAAAAGAUGAAGAAUUAAAUAAUAAUGAUGAUGAUAAAGGAAAAAUUUUUAAAAUGUCAUUAAGUGCUCCAGAAUCUGAAUAUGAUGAAGAUGAAGGUGGUUCAAUGGUUAAAACUUGUACUUCAACAGGUGGUGCAACUUCUGUUGCUGAAGAAAUUGCAUCUUCUUCAAUUACCUCUUUUAACGUUGGAAAUACAAUUAGACCUUUCAUUCGUAUAAUUUUAAUUGUGAAACCUAUGCGUCAACCACAUCAAAUUCGUGGUCCUUACUAUUCUCGUUUAUGUAUGUUAUAUCCUUUUCCUUUAUAUGAUGCUCUUCAACAUGCUACCUUUAAUACUUCAUUAUAUGCUUGUUCUCGUCGUGCGAUGCAAAUUUUACAAGCUUCAAAAACUUAUUUUACUCAAGAAGUAGUUAGACGUUUACAAAAAGUUGAUAAUUUUUCUGAAGUAAAUGAACAAAAUCUUGAGGAUUUCUUUUUUGAUCCUGAUGAAUUUAAUAAAGUUCCUGAUGAUGCUCGUAAAAUUCAGCAAGCUAUUGAUGUUAUUCGUGAUGAAAUUGUUACUUUGAGACAACAAUGGAAUGCUUCUUCUUGGACAAUGACAGCUAUUGAAUGGGAUCGUCAAAGAACAAUGCAAGCUUAUAGUUUUGGUGGACGACCAAUGACUCUUAAUGUUUCCAGAUCUGGUCCAAGUCGAGCUGCUUCGGUUUAUAAUUUAAGUCUUUCCAAUAAUAGUACUGAUGAAGAUAAUAGUGUCAAUAGAAAAAGAUUAUCUACCAACUCAAAAUUUUCUUCUGAUACAGUUUCACAAAUUGAAAUUCUUCGAGAUGUUAUGAUUCAUGCACCUGAUCGUGCUUGGAAUCAUAUUAAUUUCUUAGGAAUUCCAAUACCUACUAAUAAUGAAGUUAAUAAUAAUAAUAAUAAUAAUAACAAUAAUAAUACAAAUAUAUCUAAUAAUAAUAGUAAAGAUAAGAAAAAGAAACAGAAUGAUAAACAGAAUUCCACUCAAUCUUAUUCUAGAUCUAUUCCACCAGUAUUAGCAGCAUAUUUAGCUUCAUCACCUGUUAUUGUAGCUCCAACGAUAAAUCGUUCUUCUUCAAUAUCUUCUACAAUUUCAUCGAUUUCAUCAAAUGCUUCUUCUCCAGGAGGAACAAGUAUUUUACCUGCAAGAAAGAGAUCCGCCGGACAUCGUCUCAUGAGAACUUUUGGUUUUGGAGGAAAUCGAAAUAAUAAUGUACAACAGCAACAAAUCAAUUAUGGUGAAUCUUCCGAUCUUCUUAAUAUUCAAAGUAAAGGUGGUUUAGAAAAUAAUAAAAAUCUUACGUCUAAAACAAAGAAAAUGAAAGAACUUCAAAUUGAAGAAGAAAAUGAUGAUGAUGAUGAUGAUGAUGAUGAUGAUGAUGAUGAUGAUGAUGCAAUCACCAUUACAAUUCCUACUCCUUCAAAUCAAUCUCAUCAACUUAAUCCAAUUAUUCCAUCAUUUACCCUUGAAUCUGCCGAAAUUGAGGAUGAAAAAACGGAAGUUCAAUCUUAUAAAUUAGAAGAAAAUGUGUUAUUAUCGAAUUCUGAACAAAAAGAAGUUAAAAAGAAUGUUGAUGUUGUUAUUUCAGCGGAAAAUUUUGAUGAUUAUAGUAAUGUUGAAAAAGAGAAUUUAAACAAAAUUGAUAAGAUUGAAAAUACUAAUGAAUAUGUCGAAGUUAGCAAAAAUAUUAUUGAGAAUGAAAGUAAAAUUUUAGAACCGAAAUUAAUAUCAAAAGUUGAUCCAGAAUUUCAAAAUUUAAUUGAUAUUAUUGAAAAUAAGUCAAAAUCACAAUUGGAAUCAGAUACUUCUAUAACAUUACGUAUUGAGGAAAGUAAUAUUAAAAACAACAAUAAAACUUCUACAAAUAAUAUAAAUAAUGAAGCUUUAAAACUCACUAUUGUGAAUGAAAAAGAGGAAGAUAUUAACGUUAAUGCAAUACUAGAAGAAUCACCAAUAGAUCCAAUAGAUAAGAGUGAAAAUAAGGAUGAAAUCAUUAAAGAAAAGGAAUCAUUUAAUAUUGAUUUGGAAAAAGUUGAUGGAGCUGAUACUAUUAUGGAUGUUGAUGUUGCAAUUGACGAAAAUAUAGAAUCUUUGAGCGCAUCAAAUAAAAAAUUAACGAUAGUUUCUGAAGAUUCAAUGAAUAAUACAUUGGCUGCAUCCAAUUCUACUUCAACUUGUACUUCUACGACUCAUACCACUACUACUUCAGCUACUGAUACUCCAUUAUCAUCAAGAGAUUCAUCUUCUCCAUCAACACCUCAUCCUAAUCCUCCUCCGUCAACACCAACAAGUGGACUUGUUCUUACUCAACCGUCGCUUUCUAAUGCUUCGUUUUCUUCUUCAGUUCCUUCCACUCCACAUUUUCCUCCUCCUCUAUUUUCACAAUCAAUUCCUCCAACACCUUCGACGCCAUAUUUUCCAGCUGAAUUUUCACUUUCACUUUCACCUGAGACCUCAAGACCUGAAACUCCUGAUUUUCCUCACGAUUUAUCUCAUCAAUCAUCACCACCAACACCCCAGCUUGUUCCUCAGAAAUUAUCAGAAAUAGAAACUAACGGUCCCCAAGUUCCUUUGUCUUCUCCAUCAUCAGAAACCCCAUUACACACAAUUUCAUCAUUUCCAUCAACUCCACAAUUUUCACCUUCAGCUCAAAAUUCGAGACCUUCAACACCUCAAUUGAAUUCACCGACAUUGUUUGAGGAAUUGAAAAAAGCGACAUUAUAUGCACAACCUCAAUCUCCUACUGCACUUUAUGAAGAAUUGAUUAACAUACAAAAAACUAAUUCUUCACCACCCUUCCAAAUUUCUCCUCCCGUUUCUCCGUCAUCACUUCCUCCUCUUCCCUUAUCAGUUCCAUCAACCCCUCAAUCAGCAUCGCACUUUUCGGUUUCUAUUUUUAAAGAAAAAUUUCCUACACCAGUCAUCUCUACAAAAAAUUUAUCCCGAACAACGACUUCACCACUUGUUAGUCCUGUAUCUAAAAUAUCAACCUCACCAAUAUCUACACAUGUUGUAACUACUUCUAACACAAAUUCCACAAAUUCACCUACAUUAAAAUCACCUUCAUUGUCAUUGAAUUCACCAAUGAUAUCGAGACCUCCUCUUACUCGAUCAAAAUCGGCAUCCGGACGACCUACACCUCCUCCUCCAUUAUCUGUUUCAUCAUCAGCUCGUCCACCACCACUUCCUCUUCCUCCAACAUGGCCGACCCUUAAAAAAACUAAGAAACCUGAACUAAAGAAGGAUGAAACGGAACUAGGGGCAGAUCUGUUUACUCUUCAACGUAAAACACGUUCUAGAGCUUCAAGUCUAUCUGAAGGAAGUAGUCUGGAAUUGAAAAGGAGACAAGAUUCGCAUGGUUUAGAUGAAUACAAUGAACAUAUUGGUUUAGAACAACAAAAAAUAACUAACGAUAAUACUACAGGUUUAAAGAUUAUCUCAUCUGGAAAUGUUUCAAAGCCUCAGACAAAUGGAACUUUUAAGAAUCUUUACUUUGAAAAAUCUUAUAUAGAGUCAAUACCGAAAAAUCAUGAAUUUUUAACGGACAUUAAAUCAACAUCUUUAACAAAGGAUGAACCAAUUGCUACUAAUGAAGUAAAAGAAUUAAAUGUAAACAGUGUAGUUAAUAGUAUCGCGAAUAGAUUUGAAAGUCGAAUACUCACUCACCAAAAUAAUGAUGGAAGUGAAAGAAAUGAUGGCGAAUAUUUACGUUAUUUACAAUUUUCAUAAAAUUCAUUAAAGUUAUUAAAAUCUAACGUUGAAUAUUUAUUUUAUUAAUAUUUUGUAUAGAAAAUUUUUUCAUAUUAUAUUAUUAUUGAAUUAGAAAAGAAAAAUAUAAUAUUUUUCUUUCUUUAUCUUUUAUUUAAUAUGUACUUAUAAAAAAUUAUAUUUGAUUGUA